UCCAAACGAAGAUGACAAUGAUGUUUCAAACGAGGGUAAUAAUAAUCCAAAUGAAGACGACAAUGGGGACGAUAACGACGUUUCAAAAGAGGAUAAAAAAGAAGCUACUGGACUAAUGUCAGCUCUAGAAAUGGGAACAAAUAGAAGAUCAAUGUCAGUUCUAGAAGAAACGAUUUCUAGACCGGUAUCUUUAGAUUCGAGAGCCAAUAACCGAAAUGAAUUCUUGUCCUCUAAACCGAAAUCAGCUUUAGAAUCAAGAACCGAUAAAGAGUUCUUUCAAGACCGAAUUCAAACUCAAUUGGGUAUUAAUAGUCAAGAAAAGGUUCUUUCGAGAUCGAAUUCAAGACCUCUAUCGGAUGUCAAUAGUCAAGGUAAUGACUAUUUCGUUCCUUCAAUAUCGAAUUCAAGACUAAAUUCAAGAUCUCCAUCGGGUGUCAAUAGUCAAGACGAUGACUAUUUCGCUCCUUCAAAGAGAAGAACAAAUAGUCCUGAUUAUUAUGAUCCCUCAAACAGAGCAUUUUAUUCAAAACCUAUGAGGCCGUCACCUUUAGGGUCAAGAGCAAAUAUAAUGAAUAUUCUCAAUAAUACAUUUGACGAUACACCUCAUCAUUAA